AUGCAGAGGAGACAAGUGCGAUUAAGGAGGGAGUACCUGUAUAGAAAGUCCCAGGAGGCCAAGGCUAGGCAGAUCCACGACAGGAAACAAACUUUGAAAUCAGCUAUCGAAAGUGGCAAGCCGAUACCGCAUGAUCUAAGAGACGAUGCUCAGCUACUACGAAAGGAUUUACAGUUCGAUGAAGGACAGAGUGGACCCUCUACUCAUAUCGAUGACGAAUACGCUAGAGCGGGUGAACAAGAUCCCAAAAUACUCAUCACCACUUCAAGAGAUCCAAGCAGUCGGCUGCAAAUGUUUGCAAAGGAAAUGAGACUCGUAUUCCCAAACGCCCAACGAAUCAACCGUGGUAACUAUGUCAUGGGCGAUAUUGUGGAAGCCUGUCGAGCAAAUGAAGUUACAGAUCUAGUCAUUCUUCAUGAACAUCGUGGUCAGCCAGAUGGCAUGAUCAUAUCUCACUUCCCUUAUGGCCCAACUGCAUCCUUCACCCUACACAAUGUCAAACUGAGGCAUGAUGUGCCAGAUAGUGGGAAAGUAUCUGAACAGUACCCACAUUUGGUAUUCAACAAGUUUACAUCAAAACUGGGAUCGAGAGUUCAAAACAUUCUGAAAUACCUGUUUCCUGUUCCAAAGGACACUAGUCAACGUGUCAUGACAUUUGCUAAUGAAGGUGACUUUAUCUCCUUCAGACACCACGUAUUCACACGCGUUGGAAAAGAAGUUGAACUUAUGGAAGUCGGUCCUCGUUUCGAAAUGAGAGCAUACGAGAUACGACUAGGCACUGUCGAGCUGGCAGAAGCAGACGUGGAGUGGGCACUACGACCAUAUCAUAAUACUGCCAAGAAGAGGGAUAUGUUGUGA